AUGAAAAGACUUGCAACGCUGCAACACAAGGAAAAGGCGUUCACAUAUGCCGGAGGAAGCAUUGUUCGACUUUCACUAUCUCAAAUGUGUGCCUGGCCAUUUAAAUGGUCAGGUGACCAGACACAACGUGACCACAACCUGACUAUUGAUUGCACUGCGUGUGCUGACAGCUUUGAAAGGAUGGAGGAGCUCUACGAAAACCUCCUUGCUCUGACCAUAUCCUUCGUUUGUUUGCUAUCCCUCCACUGCAUGACAGUUACUUUGAGCAAAUGCCUCCCUUGGUUGGAAAGAGUCAGUCUGGCCGCUUACUUAAGGACAAAAGAUGGAAGUCUGAAUUGGGGCGUGAUUGGAGUCGCAUUCGGCUGCUCAUUGGCAGCUCUCCUCAUGACUCGAUUCAUUGUCAGGAUGACUGACCAGGUGAUUUGCAAGCGCAUCAAACGAUCACAGAAGGCUAAGAAACGCAAUCAGACUUGCGGUUCCCGCUAA